AUGGCAACUGCAUCAGUAUUGACCCCCGUCAAGCACCGCCGUGAUGGCAUUUUCUCCACCCGCCUCGCUGGCGGACGCGCUCCUCUCACCCCCUCCCCCAAGACUCCUCGCAUGCACGUGAUGCAAGAGCAGGGCCAGCAAGAGAGCAUCCACCACAGCAACGCCAACCUCAUGGCUCGCUUCUCCCGAUCCGUCUCCAAGACCAACGUCCGUGACUCGCCCAAGUCCAACAUCGCCUCCCGUCCGUCCCGUGACUCCCCACGGAGACUGGACCAGACGAUCAGCGAGUUCACUCUCUCCGGCACCGGUCCUCGACCAAGCACUGCAACCUCAGCAAAGAACACCCCGUCCCGAGCAAAGGCUGGACGAUCAGGUUCGGUGCACCGCACUCCCAAGAGAAGCCAGAGCAACAUCAACUACAAGGCCGCGGAUCGCUUCAUCCCGAACCGCAACGCCAGCGAAGGCAUUACUUCUUCCGGCGCCGCCGUCAAGCUCGACAAUGAGCAGACGCCCGGACGUCGCCCCAAGUCAAGCGCAAGCGAAGGUUCAGCGGCACUCGCUGCUGGCGCGUUUGACCUUGGCCGACAUACCUCUUCUUCUGACCUCACCUCUUCCCUCAACUUCGACGGCCUGAACCUCAACGACAACAACGAGGAUGAUGACGAUGCUCCCAAGAACAAGCCAAGCCCAAAAACCACCGCCUACCAGCAGUCCGUCGCUGAGGCAUGUGGUGUGAGCAUCAAGCAGCGCAUCCUCGCCUUCAAGCCCGCCGCGCCAGAGUCUUCCCGCCCCAUCGACCUCCGCUCGCAGUACAACCGUCCUCUCAAGCCUGCUGCGGCUUCUGCGUCCCAGUUCCGUCGCCGUGUGCUUACCGCACCAGAGCGUGUUCUCGACGCCCCCGGCCUGGUCGACGACUACUACCUCAACCUCCUCGACUGGUCUUCCGGCAACCAGGUCGCCAUCGGCCUCGAGCGCAACGUCUACGUCUGGUCUGCCGAGUCUGGCACCGUCAGCUCGCUCCUUGAAUGCCCCGCCGACACCUACAUUGCCUCCGUCAAGUGGUCCGGUGACGGCGCCUACGUCGCGGCCGGCCUCGGAUCAGGUGAGGUCCAGAUCUGGGACGUCGAAGAGGGCAGCAAGCUCCGCAGCAUGCACGGCCACGACACCCGCGUCAGCGUCAUGGGCUGGAACAAGCACAUCCUCUCCACCGGCUCCCGCUCCGGCGUCGUCUUCAACCACGACGUGCGCAUCGCCCAGCACAAGACUGCCGAGCUCCACUCCCACACCUCCGAAGUCUGCGGCCUCGAAUGGCGCGCCGACGGUGCCCAGCUCGCCACUGGCGGGAACGACAACCUCGUCACCAUCUGGGACGCCCGCCACACCUCCGCGCCCAAGUUCCAGAAGACCAACCACCGCGCCGCCAUUAAGGCCCUCGCCUGGUGCCCGUGGCAGACCAACCUCCUCGCCACUGGAGGAGGCAGCCACGACCGCAACAUCCACUUCUGGAACACCACCUCCGGCGCGCGCGUCAACAGCAUCGACACCGGCUCGCAGGUCACCUCUCUGCGCUGGUCGCUGGCGUACAAGGAGCUCGUCUCCUCGUCCGGCUUCCCGGACAACUCGCUCUCCAUCUGGAGCUACCCUACUCUUGUCAAGAACGUCGAGAUCCCGGCCCACGAGUCCCGUGUGCUACACUCGAGCCUCAGCCCAGACGGACAGAUGUUGGCGACGGCGGCUGCGGACGAGAGCCUCAAGUUCUGGAAGGUGUUUGAGCGUAAGCCUGGACAGGCAAACCUGAUGGCUGGUGAUCAUUGCACUACGUUUGGGUAA